GUUGCUUCCCAGACGCCGAGGAGGAAGGACGCUCGCCGCCGCUCUCUGCACCUUUCCUCUUUCCUACGUUACAACUUUACUGAGACUAGGCACCAUGGCUCUUCAAAUCGCAGCAAACCUAACCACAAUGUUUCCUGAACGGGGCCCCCUCUUCAACCGCUAUGCUGCUGCCAAGGCUGCCGGAUUCAAGGCGGUUGAGGUGUCCCUGCCGUACUCCGAGACGACGCAGAGAUUAGCCGCUGAGCUCGCAAGAAUGGGCUUAAACAGAUUCUUAUUAAUUCAGAUCCAGGUAACAUCGAGGGGGGAGAUGGGGUGUGCCUGUAUCCCCGGCAAGGAAGCUACAUUCAAGGACAGCUUGGAUAAGAGUAUUUCAUAUGCAAAGGCCCUUGAUGUCCCUAUGAUCCACAUUAUGGUAGGGAAAUUUGACAAGAACCACACAGAGGAGGAACACGCGAGAACCUUGGAGAAGAACCUUCGCUACGCUGCCAACCUUUUGAACCAGGAGGGGAUUGUGGGACUGAUAGAACCCAAAAACUCCAUCACCUUCCCUGGGUACUUCCUAAGCGACUUCGACACAGCUGUGGGUCUUAUUUUCAAGAUCGACUCGCCAAACCUGCGGCUACUUCUUGAUAUUUUUCACCUUCAGUUCAUCAGUGGGAACAUCACUCGUAACAUUGAACGAUUGAUGCCUUAUACUGCCCACGUGCAGGUGUCGCAGCCCCCAAACCGCAGCGAGCCCCUUUCACCUGGAGAGUUAGACUUCAGCUACAUUUUCCAGAAGCUUAAGGCGGAAGGGUACAAGGGUUUCAUUGGCGCGGAGUACGUUCCUUCCACCAAGAAAACAGAGGAAUCUUUGGAGUGGAUUAAAAUAUGUGGACUCACUUUCUAGAUGGUGCAAAAUGAAGAGAAGAGAGAAAGAAGAGGAGGAGGAGGAGGAAGAGGAGAAAACAAAAGGAAGGAGGAAGAGGAAGAAGAGGAGAAGGAGGAAGAGGAGGUGAUAUUCUUAUUAGUCUAUUAGUAUGGGGCUGGUGACGGCUGUUCUGUUAUCUAUAGUUUCUGGCAUCUAUACUUUACAUCAUCUAUACUUCUGGUCAUUGGGAAGGAAUUUAAAUGGUGUUUUUUUUUUAUCUAUUUAUUUAUUUUUUGCAAAGGAAUUUAUUUAUAUACAAAGACGCUGAUUUUCCUGCAUGGCUGGGCUUGUAUGGGGUGCCUGCUGACUAUUACUGGACUAUCAGUUGACUAUUCAUGGACUAUCCGUAAAAUCCACCACAUUUUCUCGAUAAUAGUCUUAAGUUUUUUGUCUUAAACUGAGGUUGUAACAAAUUCAUGACCUUAUUUUUAUUAUUAUUAUUUUUUUUUACAAUGUAUCAGUUUAUUUAUUUAUUUAUUUAUUUAUUUAUUUAUUUAUUUAUUUAUUUAUUCCACCCCUUUAAUAUCGAGUGUCUUCAGCUUGUGCGCAUAACGAGAAGGGAAGGAGAUGUGGUGAUGCUUGUGUUCUGCUUUUAAAUUAGUAUGUGAUUAUUCUGCUUACCUCUCCUUUACAAACUAACACAAACAACUUAUUUUCCUCUACAAAUAAAGACACUCUCUUCAUUUUCCCCUACAAACUACAAACUCUAACACAAACAAUUUAUUUUCCUUUACAGACUCAAACUCCAUUUCCCUCUAGAAACUCAGACAACUCCUUAAUUUUCCUUUACAAACUCACACAAACUCCUUAAUUUUCCUCUACAAACUCAGACAUAACUCCUUAAUUCUCCUUUACAAACUUAAACUCCUUAUUUUUCCCUUAAACUCAAAUAAACACAUUUUUCCUUGCAAUUUAUUCAUCUCUGUACAAAAACAGACCCUUCAAUUUCUUUACCUUCAACCAAACCAAAUCUGCUGUGUCUAUUAAGGGCUGUGGCUGUUUAUAUUAACACAGCCCCUUCUAACACAGCACUGGGGGGCUGUGGGGUGCCUUGACUACUAACACAGCUCCCCAUAAGCUCCCCUAACAGAACACUGGGGGGCUGUGGGGUGACUGCUAACAUAACCUCCCCUAACACAACACUGGGGGGCUGUGGGGUGCCUUGACUACUAACACAGCUCCCCAUAAGCUCCCCUAACAGAACACUGGGGGGGCUGUGGGGUGACUGCUAACAUAACCUCCCCAAACACAACACUGGGGGGCUGUGGGGUACCUAAAUGUGACUCAACCUUUGCCAAACCUUCACUAAUCUUUAAGUUAACAUGGUAAUACAAAAGUGGCUGUGAAUGCUGUGGUUUCUACUUACACUAUGAGCUGUGGCUGUUAAUGUACUUAAAAAAUAAAUGAUUUUUUUGUGGUUUUCUUCAGGAUAAAAAAAAUAAAUGGUUUUUUGAUGUGGUUUUUUUUUUCAGGAUUAAAAAGUUAUUUGUGGAUCUACAUGAAAAUAAAUGGGUUUUUUUUUUUUGGUGUUCUUAAGAAUUGUUAGUUUUCUAGAGUAUUUUUCUUCAGGAUUAUUAUUAAAAGUUUGUGUACUAAAAAUAAAUGGAUUUUGGGAGUGUUUUUCUUAAGGAUUAUUAAAGAUUAAAGGUUUAUUUAUUUUUUUCUCAAGGUUUAUAAAAGUUUAGUUUAAAAAUAAGUGGGAUAUUUGACGUUUUUCUUAGGGAUAAAAAGUCUAUUUUUAGUAAUUCAUUUAAGGUUAAUACAGAAAAGGUGGUUUUGGGGUUAUGCCUAAUUAGAGAAAUGUAGUUAUAGGGCUAUUUAUGCCUAUAACAAGAUCUUUAUUUAUUAUACCUUAGACUCCCGAGAACUUAUUAUAAACCUCAAUGUUAUAUUUAUUUACUACCUUGAAUUCUAUACCUCUCCAGCGAAAGACCAUUGGGGUAAUCAUUAUUAUUAUACCUUAAAGAAC